UUUUCGAUAUUAAUUCAGAAAAUACGUCCUAUAAUGUCUGGAGAUUCCUUGGACUUAGGGAUGCAAGAAUUUGUUGGAGAGGUGGAUUUCUCUGGAAAUGAGGAAGAAGGUGUGGAACAGGAAGUGAGUUCUCGAAUUCUUACGCGGGACGAAGCUUCGAAGUGUCUUUGCAACUUGGGAAAAAUCGAUUCUGGACUAGGAUAUGCAUACUUAUCGAUUAAAGCAUCGGAUAUGGGAUUGACUGAUAUUAGUGUAAUACCCUGCUUUAGGAAUGUCAUAUAUGUUGAUGUCUCGGGUAACCGAUUGACUCCGGAUGCAAUGUCUGUACUGACUUCAAUGACAUUUUUGCUAAUGUUACAGGCCGAUAGAAACGGCCUUCCGACAGGCAGCAUGGAGCCUAUGCUUUAUCUUCAAGUUCUUACAUUAAAUAGAAAUAAUAUAACAAACACGACAGGCAUCUCGCAUAAAUUGCUUGAAUGCCUAGAGCUUAAUUAUAAUGGGAUAAAAAAUGUAUCCUUAAAUCCGUACUUACUGAAGAAUCUGAAGAUCCUUGAAUUACGUGGCAACGCAAUUUCCGGAAUGGGUGGCAUAUAUUGCCCUACACUGGUUCGCUUAUACUUGGCUGAAAAUUGGCUGACUAUUAUCGAAGGACUGGAGACUCUUGUAAAUUUGAGUGUCCUUCAUAUUCGUGCCAAUAAAAUAGAAGUACUGGAUGGAUUUGAAAAUCCUCACAGCUGUCCUAAACUCACUUAUCUUAAUUUAAGAAACAAUUGUUUGCGUGGAAUGGACGAGAUAAGAAAGCUGCGUUAUCUGGUGAAAUUAGAAAGUUUAAUUAUUAUGGAAAAUAAUCUCGAUAUGGGUGAGGAGUCUGCAUACAGAAUUCCUGUACUUAGGAUAUUACCAAAUCUCAAGAGAAUUGAUAAAGAUCCUGUUCUAGAGGACGAGAGGGUAGAAGCAUCAGAUAUACUCCAAUGAAUAAUGAACUUGUAUGUAGUCACAUGUAGAACAACUGUACGCAGUGUUUGGUGGUUUUCGUUGAAUGUAUUUUGCGGUCCUGUUUCGUC